AUGACUGCCAACGACACUACAACAUCCACAGCAUCGGAGCCGGCAGCCCUCAGCCAGACCAAAACCACUACCAGUGCCAACGGCGUCGAGAAGAAGUCGGCACCAUCACACCCUCUGGGCCCCCUGACUGCAAAUGAGAUCACUCAGUCAUCAGAUCUGAUCAGGGCACAAUGGCCCGAGGGCACCAAGUUCCAGUUCAAGGUUGUCACCCUCUUGGAGCCACCAAAGACUGAGUUGGCUCCAUACUUGGAGGCGGAGAGGGCUGGCCGGCCAGUCAAAUCCAUUGAUAGAAGGAGCCAGGUGGUGUACUACCUUCGCAACACUGAUAAACUGCACGAAGCUGUCGUCAACCUCAGCACCGCCAAAGUCGAGAGCAAUGUCCGGCUCGGCCCUUUCAUUCACGCUCCCGGUGAUGGGGAGGAGAUCAUCGCCAUCGAGAAAGCCAUGCUAGCCGAUCCCGGCGUGCAAGCCGAGCUGGAGAAGCUGAAGCUGCCAGAGGGCAGUGUUGUCGUCUCCGAUCCCUGGAUCUACGGGUCCGAUGGCGUCCACGAGGGCCUCUUCUCCGACCACAAGCGGGUCAAGCAGUGCUUCCUGUACAUGCGCGACCCACAAAACUCACGGGAGGAAGACAGCUGCCACUACGCAUUCCCACUUCCCAUUUCGCCUGUUGUCGACACUGUUGACUAUAAGGUCACUCGGAUCGACAUCGUGCCCACCGGCAAAGACACCACCGUGAAGCCGCUCGAGGCGUGGAAGGGUCCCGUGCCACCAAACGAAUAUAUUCCUGAGGCGCAGCCUAAUGGGCUCCGAAAGGACCUGAAGCCACUGCGGGUGGUUCAACCCGAGGGAGCAAGUUUUACCGUCGAGGAGUUCAGUGCAGACGGCUUGGGCAAGGUGAUCAAAUGGCAGAAGUGGGAAUUCAAAGUCGGCUUUAACCAGCGCGAGGGCAUGGUCCUGUACGAUGUGCACUACGACGGCAAGCCUCUGUUCUAUCGUCUAUCCCUCUCCGACAUGGCCAUCCCCUACGCUGAUCCGCGUCACCCCUUCCACAAGAAGCAGGCUUUCGACCUAGGUGAUGUCGGAGCUGGCAUCAUGGCCAACAAUCUCAGCCUGGGUUGCGACUGCCUGGGCUCCAUUUACUACAUCUCAAGCGUACUGGCGGACACCGAGGGCAAGCCCCAGGACUACCCCAACGUCGUCUGUAUCCACGAGCAAGAUUCCGGCCUCCUGUGGAAGCACACCAACUACCGCACCAACCGUGCCGUCGCCGUGCGCAACCGCGAGCUAGUGCUGCAGACCAUCCUGACGGUCAGCAACUACGAAUACAUUCUCGCCUGGAACUUCAGCCUGGCCGGAGACAUCACCUACGAAGUCCGUGCAACCGGCAUCCUGUCGACGCAGCCCGUGGACCUGGACCUCACCAAGGAGCCGCACCCCUACGGCACAGUCGUGCACCCGGGCGUGCUAGCCGCCUACCACCAGCACUUCUUCUCACUCCGCGUGGACCCAAUGAUCGCAGGCGCAGAGAACCAGCAGGUAGUCUACGAGGAGGCGCACGCGCUCCCCCGCGACGCAAAGGAGAACCCGCACGGCGUGGGCUACACCGUCAAGCGCACGCCCAUCACGACAUCAGGCGGGUACGACCUGGACACCGCCAACAACCGCACCUUCAAGAUCGUCAACACGGGCGUCAAGAACCCGGUCAACGGCAGCAGCGUCGCCUACAAGCUGCACGUGCCGCCGAUGCAGCCCAUCCUCGCCGACGCCGAGAGCUACCACGCCCGGCGCGCCGAGUUCGCCGACCACAGCAUCUACGUCACGCGGUACGCGGAGAACGAGCUCUUCGCGGGCGGCUACUACACGAACCAGUCGCGCGGCGGCACCGGCGUGCGGGCGUGGGCGGGCCGUCAGGAUGACCUCGCCCCUGCUGCUGCCGGUAGCCCCGGCCCGGUCGUCUGGGUCCAGUUUGGCAUCAACCAUAUUCCUCGGGUUGAGGACUUCCCUGUCAUGCCGAUGGAGAUGCUCAAGGUUACCAUGCGGCCUGUCAACUUCUUUGAUCGGAACCCGGCGCUGGAUGUGCCGCCCAGUCGGCAGGAGUUCAACUGCAGCGUGGGGCUCAACGGGGUUGUGGAUGGCGUUGCUGAGUUGAAGAUUGGGGAGGGUGGUAAGGCGUGCUGUCAGUAG